CAAUCAAGCAACCCAGUAGGACCAAAGCAGUGAGUCAAGGCACAGCCUACACGACCAUGAUAGAAAAAUAGAAUCUACGGUUAUCCCUAAACAUUUUGUUAUCUAAAGUGUAUGAAAUCAUCUUACGAAUACAAGACAAGAAAAUAUAUCAAUUGUGAUUUGUGAUAAAAAAUUUAAGAGAACGGAUUUUGUAUCUCCGUCCGCACUCCGUGUACACCGUAUAUCUAUAGACAAGGAUAGAUCGAUCUGAAUCCGUGGUUUCGUGAGCAGAAUCUUUAAGUGGCCGAACCUGACAGGAUUCUCCGUCCUGAGUUUGAGUCCUCCGACGUGGUGUAUGGAGAAGUAGUUGAUGGUUGAAUAUAUCAGGUUUGAAGAUGAUUGAGAAACUAUCCAGAGACUAGUGUAUAGUCUUCAGUAUGGAGAGGUUUCCGUCCUUACUCUUAUUCUCUCUUCUGCUGGCCUGUCUCCAGACUGCCUUAGCUAUAGUUCAAAGUCCUCCGUAUAUGGUAAAGCAGCCUCCGAACACUGAGCUCCUGUUCAAGGUUAAGACCAGAGAAGAUGAGAAUGAUAAACCUUUUAUCAUUGAAUGCGAGGCUGAAGGAGAACCCUAUCCACAGUAUCGGUGGCAAAAGAACGGAAAAGAUUUCAACUGGCAGGUUUAUGAUAACAGAAUAACUCAGCAGCCUGGUCGAGGAUCUCUGGUGAUCACGAACCCCCAGGCUGAGGAUACAGGAGGAAAGUUGUUCAAUUGGCGGCAGUUAGAAGGAGACUACACCUGCUUCGCGACGAACGAAUGGGGAACUGCUGCAUCAAAUACAGUCUUUGUCAGGCAGUCGACCCUCAACAGUUUCAAGGAGGAGCCUCCGAGGACUCUGAGCGUAGAGGAGGGUAACCCUAUCAAGCUGCCCUGCGAGGCUCCAGCUGGUUGGCCUAAACCUAGUGUUUAUUGGAUGAUCCAGAAUACGAACGGAGCUUUGAAGACAAUCAACUCCUCUCGGCUGACGGUCGAUCCUGAGGGAAACUUGUGGUUCAGUAACGUGACGCGAAAUGAUGCGUCGAAUGAGUUCUUCUACGCUUGCUCGGCUGCGUCAUACUUUAGGAAUGAAUACAAGCUUGGGAACAGGGUUGUGCUCCAGGUAAGCCAAUCUGGAUCUUCGGCAGGAUUACAAAACAAAGUCAAGCCUACCAAGCAGUAUGUUACAAGGAAGAAUACAAUUGCCUACCGAGGCGAGAGUGCUAGGAUGUGGUGUAUCUUUGGUGGAACACCUUUACCUGAAACCAGAUGGACAAAAAGAGGCGGAGCAUUGCCGCAGGGACGAACGAACUAUGAUAAUUAUGGAAAAACGUUAGUGAUAGAACACGUAGAUUACGAUGACGAAGGUGAUUACACUUGUGAGGCAUCGAAUGGUGUUGGAAUCGCUCAAUCUUAUUCGAUCCAGUUGGUCGUCUACGCGGCACCGUACUUCACCAAGGAGCCACAGAGUCAGACUGCUGCCGAAGGUGAAGAUGUUAUGUUUGAGUGCGAGGCUGCUGGUUUCCCGUCGCCAAGAAUAGUCUGGGUGCACAACGGUGUCGCUCUCGACAAGGAUAAGUUCAACGACAAUCCUCGUCGUAUUAUCACCAGUAACUCCAUCAUCAUCAAGAACCUCACCAAGCUCGACACCGGUAACUACGGUUGUAACGCUACAGCUCAGGCCUCUGGAAGGUACGUGUACAAGGACGUAUUUGUAAACGUCCUUGCUCUCCCUCCAGAGAUAACAGAGGCCCCACAGUCCAUGCUGAGAACAGUGACUGGAUCUACUAUCACUCUGACCUGUGAAACCUUCGGAGCUCCUAAACCUAUCGUGAAAUGGUUUCACGGGACUGAUGAACUCACGGGAAACCGGUUUAACGUUACAAACGAUGGAAGUUUGAUUAUUUCCGACGUGAAGUAUAUAGAUGAUGGACAUUAUCUGUGUAAUGCAACCAAUAAGUUUGGAUAUGCCACAGCUAAAGGCUCGUUAAUAGUGAAAGAACAUACUCGGAUCACGGGUAGUCCGCAACCCUAUGAGGUUGAGGCGGAUGAUACAGCAACCUUCAGAUGUAAUGCUGUCACGGAUCCUGAUCUUGAUCUAACCAUAAACUGGCUCAAGGAUGGUCGAAGGAUUGAUUUUGAGACGGAGCCGAGGUUUAUUCAAACUAAUGACAACUCUUUAACCAUCACGAAGACGACUGAGCUUGACUCCGGAGCAUACACAUGUCAGGCCUUGACGGAGUUGGAUGAGGAUCAUGCCUCCGCUAGCCUUAUCGUCCAGGAUGUUCCUAAUCCUCCGAACCUGCUCUGGAUUGAAUGCAACUACCAGGAUGCUGAUGUGGUUUGGGAACCUAGAGGAGAUAACCGAGCUCCAAUUCUGUCCUACAAGAUUCAGUACAAUACAUCAUUCAUCCCGGAUACAUGGGAGACAGCUACUGAUUUGGCUCACAACACAGCUACGUCCUUCAAGGUCUCCAUGUCCCCCUGGACGAACUACACCUUCAGGGUGAUCGCUAGAAACAAGGUCGGAGACUCCCUUCCCUCCGGACACUCUAAGGUCUGCUUGACACCUGAGGAUGUACCGUAUAAGAACCCGGACAACGUGGUCGGAAAAGGAACUGCACCGAAUAAUCUCGUCAUAUACUGGACGAGAAUGCCGCAAAUUGAGCACAACGCACCGAAGUUCAAGUACCGCGUGUACUGGAGAAGAGAGGAUAAUCCCCAGUGGCAGAUCGAGGAUAUUGCAGACUGGAGACAGAAGGAGCUCCUUGUACCGAACCAACCCAAGUUCACCAAAUACAGGAUCAAAGUUGUGGCGCACAACCAGCGCGGAGAAGCUAAUGUAGCGGCUGAAGAGGUUGUAGGUUAUAGCGGAGAAGCUGAACCUGGUGAGGCCCCAGGGAAUUUUAGUCUCAAGGAAGUGAUAGGACCCCGUAGUGCGCUUGUAUCCUGGGAUCCUGUCAACCCUGCUAGUAUCAAUGGACACUUUAAAGGAUAUAAGAUCCUUACCUGGACGGCGAGCACAGGAGAGGAGAACCAGAGAGAAAUUAUCAUGAGGAGCGACUCAACCCAAUCCUUGGUGAGAAGUUUCAAACCGUAUGCGGUAAACUACGCAAGAGUUCUUGCGUUUAACGGAGCAUACAACGGUCCUGCGUCAAAUACAAUCGUUAUUGCUACUCCAGAGGGUAAACCCGGUCCAACAGAGACGCUGGAGUGCUAUCCUAUGGGAUCCUCCGCCCUACUUUUGGAGUGGGUUCCGCCAGAGGAGGUUAACGGUGUUUUAACCGGAUACAGGAUCUAUUACGCUAAGGUAGACGGAACCGCUGUCGGAGCACUGCUAGAGAGAGAACCUAGUAUCAGGAACAAUAUGACAACCAAGGCUAAGCUGGCCGGCCUGAAGCCUCACUCCAAGUACAGGGUUACGAUCAGAGCUACAACCAAUGCCGGAGAGGGUAUGCCCUACUACACAGACUGUGAUACUAACCCUCAGACCAAUGAACCUCCCUCAAUGCCGAGGUUUAAAUAUACUCAUCUGAGCACAGAUAAUGGUACUCCACCAAGAGUAAAGGUUACUUGGCAGCCGUUUGUUGAUGGAAAUCCUGGCUCACAUUUCUACGUACAAUAUAGAAAGCAGAUUGAAACUGAGUGGGCUAAAUCUGACGAGCAGCUGAAUGAGAACUACGUGGUCGUGCAGGGUCUGGAUCCUGGACAUGUUUACGAGUUCCGUGUCAUUGCUGUGGACGGAAUCUAUGAAACUGCGUCAACCAUCCAGGAUAUUGUUACCUACGCACGUCUUCCCUCCGCAGAGAAUAGAGGCGGAACAGUCGUUGCUUCCUCAGGCUGGUUUAUAGGUAUGCUGCUUGCUCUGGUGUUACUGUUUGGUAUCUGUGUUGUGGUUUGCCUGAUCAAGAGGAACCGCGGCGGGAAGUACGCUGUACAAGCUCAGGAGGUGGCCCACGGCAGGGGUCAUGAGUAUGAGGAAGGAGGGUUCAUGGAGUACACACAACCGUUGGACGGAGAACUGCGGAAACCAAGCCAGAUCUCAAGGGAUAUGCAUCUACCCCCGGAGUCGGAUACGGAGAGUAUAGCGGAUUAUGCGGACGGGACGGAUGCAGAGCGUUUUGAAGAAGACGGUUCCUUUAUAGGCCUUUAUGGUGGGGCUACUGGGAAAAAACCCAAACAAUCCAGUGAAAGAGUGCGUGGACGAAUGGGAGGUUGGCCAGCGGCCAGUCCAACUGCCGCGGCCACUUUGGCUGGUCGGCAAUCUACUGCUGUUACUGACAGCGGUUUGGCGGCCAAAAGCAGCGGUUCUGCCACCUUCGUUUAGCACAACCAACUGAUAUUAACCUGAUAAAUAUGUAUUAAUUAAUUCAUUAAUUAUUGCCGAAUUUUAUGUAAAAUUAUUAUGUCAACAAUUAUAAACAAAAACGCGCCACAAAAUGCUUCCAAUUUUUCCCUCUUGCACCACUCAAUGGUUGUAUAAAAGUUAACACAACUCAUAUUUCAAUCAAAAAUAUAAGUUUUUUGUUCCAAUAUUCAAAUUUGAUUCAACGAAAAGAAAGUUUAAAGAUAUGAGCACGAUGAACGUGUACUCUGUGAUAAUGAUGGUAAAAAAUCAAUUAAUUUGGUGUGCUUGGCCUGACACUUCCCCUUGAUAAACUUGAAAUUUGUACACGGGGGUUCAAGAUGAUGUACUGCAGUGGCAUUUUAUAAUUUCUGCCGUGUACCUUCGUUGUACAGAUUAACAAACUGUACAGUGGUUCCUCUGUGUGGCGUACAAAGUUUUAUGUCGCAUUUGCUGUUUUACCUGUACAGUCCGACACUGUACAUUGUACAAUGUACAUUGAAAAGUGUGUUAUAAAAACCACAACUCACGUGACCACACUCCAUCCAAACCUUGGUUCACCAUGACCAGUCCAAACUUUAAUCUAUCAACUGCAGUCCAAUUCAUAAUCCUUUCAUUUUUUUUAUUUCAAAUACUCAUCUUCAGUGAAUAAUACUUUCUCCUUUUCAGUUCAGCUUAAAAACUUGUUUUUAGCUUGCGACGACUUAAAAUUUACGUAAUCAUUAACUAAAAUGUACAAAUUUUAUUUUGUUCGGGCAACCUGUUAUUUGGAUCUCAUGGUGAUGAAUCAAAUGUGAAAUAUCCGGGUGUUUUUUGGUCCCGUCAACCCCCCUGUAGAUAUUUGUUUAUCUGUUACAAAUCCUGAUAUUAAUGUUAGAUUAGCUGUAAGAAUAGUUUCGCUUUGUACUGCUCUAUAUAUUAUAUUGUACUGCUAUGUACUCUGUACAAUCUGUGUACAGUAAAUGUAUCUAUUCCUUUUUGUACACAAUAUUGAAUAAAGAAAGCUGUGUACU